AUGAGUUCAGUUUAGGGCGAAGCCGGAAAACUUUGUGACCGUCCGAAACAAUCUGAGCUGUAGAUCUGCCUGAUGGAGAAGAGGAAGAAAGGAUCUCCCACAGAAUUAAGGCUCAUGGUGGUCGGCAGCAGUGGACCCCCACAGUUCCUCCUAACAAACGCCAUACUGGGGAGGGAAGUGUUCUCUAAAGACAUCAGCAGCCUCUCUGACAGCAGGAAGAACACCGGAGAGCUGGCUGGCAGACGAGUGGCGGUCAUCAACGGGCCGAACAUCUAUGACAAGGAUAUUUCCCGGCCCAAGAGGAAGAUGGAGCUGAGGAGGCAGAAGUGCCUGUGUAUUCCGGGUCCUCAUGCCUUCCUUAUUGCCUUCGACAUGGACACGAUCUCCCCGAAUGACAUGCGAGUUCCCAAACUGAUGAGGCAACGCUUUGGAAGACAUUGUCUGAGGCACUGCAUAAUCCUCCUGGCCUAUGAGGGAAACAUGGAGGCGGCGGCGCUGGAGAACAAGGUGCAGAAGACUGACUGGCACCUGAGAGAACUGAUUGAGAAGUACGGCGGGCGCUUUCACGUUUUCAGCAAGAACUGGAGGGAUCGCAGCCGGGACCGAGAGCUGCUGCAGAAGAUAGAGCGGAUGAUAGCCUCGUUAGGGGGCGGCUACUUCUCCAGCAGAACCUUCCAGAAGGCCGAGGACUGCGUGAUGAAGGAGGAGAAGAGGCUGAGGAAGCAGAGAGCAGCGGAGAUAAAGAAGGCCUGGACCGAGAUGGAGAAGCAGUACAUAGCGGAGGAGCUGUAUCAGCAGCAGGAUGCCUACACCACCAGCAUCGGAGCAGAGAUCAGAGCCAAGGCCGAGAUGGACAAUGGAUGGGUCAGGACUUCCCUGGCCAGAGGACUGGGGACGGGGUUUGUUGUGGGAGCCGUCGUGGGUGCGCUGUUUGGGUCCAUAGAGGGCCCAGGUGGGAUGGUUCUGUACGGGAUCAUAGGCGGUGCUGUGGGUGGAUCGGCAGGAGGAACAGCUCAGGUAGCGAUAAAGCACAUGGAGGACAGAGUGGCUCCUCCUGCCAGACUCAACUUCAACUCCAUCUUCAUCAAUCGCUUCUUUGCAGCGCCGUCGCGUCAGUGACAGCCAAGUAUUGACCUGUGAUCGGCUUUUCAUGAAUAGAACAAGCCGAUGUACAUUUCUGCAAACCACAGAUAUGCUGAAACUUCAUAUUUCUAUAGGUUUGGUUAGGUUAAGGCUAAAAAAUCACCAAGUUAGGGUUAGGAAACAAUCAAUUUUACCUGCUUCUGUCACCACAAACCCAGUUGGAAAUUAUCCUGACGUCUCCGCAAAUGUUUCUAGUUUUUUUUACCACUAACUCGGCUGGAAAUUGUCGUGAAGUUGGCUCAAAAAUAUGUGACUUAUAUGACUUAAUUGCCGCCGGGAGCACAGCAAUACGACAUUAAAUCCUCUUUAACAGCAAUUGAGUUUUCCCACCCCGAGCGUGACGUAAGAAGAAAAUGGCUUCUGGCUUCACAAAAAC